AAGCUAAUUGUAUACGUGUCAGUUGGUACUUGAGUCAGACGUGACAAGAACGUUCCAGAACCAGUCCGUUGAAGACGUUGUGUUUGUAGAACAGAAAAUGUUUCACCCUCUGCUGCUGUGUUGUCUUGCUUUACUCCUGGCUGUUUCAGACUGUUUGCAAUUGUCACAAAGAGACGAUAAGUGUGGUAAAAUUAAUGAAUGUUUAGACAGUAUUGACCGUUUUGAGAUAGAUGACUUUAGAAGACUGUGGAAAUUUGCUGACCGAACCUAUUAUGAUAAUUACUGUGGAUUCAACAGAAAGGCGGAGAAGUGCGUAAAGAAUCUUAGUCACCUUAAAAACGAUUGCGAGAAAGAAAUGCGACGUGUAAGAGUUGAUUUGGACGUGGCUGAAUUCUUGUGCUCCAAUAAUGGCAAAACUGCUGUGGAGAUGCUGCCCAAGUCUGUUUGUACACAUGCUAAACUGGCCGAAUGCUAUUACGAUAGUGCUUCAAGUGACUGCUAUGGAAACAAUGAGGAAUUCAGCUCUUGCAUUGCCGGUCCUCUGGCCAGGAAAUGUGGAGAAGAAAUUACUUACAUUCAAAAAAAGAUAAAUGAAAUCAUAUCUCGCGAAAAAUGAUAGCGAUUGAACACCAGGACAUGAAAUAUGUGAUUUACAAAGGCCAAAGCUGAAAUGAGACGCUAAAUUUGAAAAGAAAUUUGAUUAUGUUGCAUUAGGCAUUUUAUGAUUCCAUUUAUUCUUACUUAAUUCCAUAUUCCAGAUUAUAUUUAGAAGAACAGAGAAUAAAGCAUAAUACAAAGUU